AUGGCAGCGCAACUCGAAGCGGAGCGCAAGGAGUACGAGACCCAACUCGAACUCGUCGAUACCUCGCUCCAGGAUGAUCCUCAAAACGAAGAACUUCUCGCCCUCCGGACCGAACUCGUCAACUGCAUCCAACUCCUCGACGACUCCCUCGCCGAACUUAAAAGUGCUUCUGCCGCCGUCCCCGCUCAGAAUCAAGAACCGCUCGCCAUCGGCAUUCCCUCCUCCUCAUCAUCACGAAAACCCUCCGGCCAAGGUGCCGCCGCGCCAGCACCAGCAGCAGAAGAACCACCAAAAUGGUCGCGCGAGAACCACCCCGCCUUCAAGAAGCCGUCCGCCGCCGCCGCCACCACCACUCCGCAACCAGAGAAGGAAGAGGCGCCAGCACAAGUAAACUACCAAGUCAACGACACCGUCAUGGCCCGCUGGCUGUCGGGCGACAAGGGCUUCUACCCCGCCAAGAUCGUUUCCGUUACCGGUUCUUCGACCGCACCCAUCUACACUGUCAAGUUCAAGAGCUACGACACCGUCGAGACGUUGAGAGCAAAGGACAUUAAGCCCAUGGCGUCUUCCACCACUCCUACCCCCGGCGCUGCUGCUGCCGCCUCUUCCUCAUCGACUGGCGCAAGCGCAAGCGCAGGCUUCAAACGCAAAGCCGCAGAUCCCGACACUUAUCCCAUCCCAUCCUCCAUCCCGGCCUCCUCUGCCGCAGGCGCAGCGGCCAUGGUCAGGAACUCGGACGGCAUCACCCUCUCCGCUGGACCUGAACUAUACCCUGGUGCGUUGGCGGCGGCGGCAGCAGCGGCGGCGGAAGAAGCAGGAGGAAAGGGGAAGGGGGACUCCAAGUUUGAUAAGGAUGGGAAACCCAAGUUCAAGAAGAUCAAGGCUAAUAAGGAGCUGGAGAAGGGCAAGAACAAGUGGCAGGAGUUUACGGCCAAGGGCAAGUUUGGAAAGGGCGCGACGAAGAAGGAGAGUAUGUUUAGGACGCCCGAGGGGGUGCAUGGGAGGGUUGGGUUCACCGGUUCAGGCCAGGCCAUGCGCAAGGACCCUACGCGGUCUCGCCACAUCUACCAGCCCAACGAAGAUCUGGAUUGA